CACAAUCAAGGCACUCCGUCGUUUCUACACUUGACCUACUUUUUCAACCAUCAGUCAUCGGCUUACACCCCUCCCCUGUCCAGGAAGCCUGCCAAAUCCUAGGCGAAGGCAGAUAUCAUUCUUGUGGACUGUCAAUUCCGUUCGUUUAGAGCUUUGGAACGGCCUCUUGCACACCGACAAACAUUCAACGUCUUAGGAUCGCCCUACCUCGAUAGUCUUAUAAACAAUCGUCAGAGCUCAAACAUCAAGAAGGAGUAACUUCUUGAAUAUGGACAACAAUGCCAUCCAGAUUGCGGUCCGUGUGCGACCAUGGCACCCCGAAAAGGAAUUACCUUUCGUUCAAAGACCUUCCACACAACCUUUUUUCCAAGGAGAUGGAAACUUUGGUCAACUUCCACAGAAAGCUGCCGCGGGGUCAUUGAGAGAGGUCGUGGAUGUCAUUGAUCAUAGAAUGCUUGAUUUCGACAAGCCUUUAGAGGAGCCAGGAAAGCGAGGACCUUUUGUCAUGGGACGUAGAUACAAAAAUAGAAAAUACGUGUUUGAUCAAGUUUUCGGGAUGGGUGCUGAGCAAGAGGAAGUAUUUACCAAAACAGCCAAGCCCCUACUUCCAGGCGUCCUAGAUGGCUACAACGCUACCGUAUUUGCAUAUGGCGCUACAGGCUGUGGUAAAACCCACACCAUCUCUGGUACCGAAGAACAGCCCGGUAUAAUCAUCCGGACCAUGCGAGAACUCUUUGAUCUUGUGGAAGAGACCAAAGACAAAUAUGAUACAUAUUUCGAGAUGUCCAUGGUAGAGAUCUACAACGAAACGAUUCGAGAUCUCCUGGGCGAUGACUACCCUAACUGCCCAUAUGGAGGCUUGAAGCUGCUGGAGAAUGAGAAGGAAAGAGUUACAAUCGACAAAGUCACCUUGAAGCGGCCGACAUCCGUGGAAGAGGUCAUGUCGCUGGUAAUGCUGGGAAAUGAUAGAAGAAGUACCUCAUUCACCGAACGGAAUUCUGUGUCCUCCAGAUCACACCUUGUCCUCCAGAUCAACGUUGGCAGAAACGAGAGGGGGACAGACAUUGAUGUCGCUAACUCUAUUGUCAGACAAUGUUCAACUUCCGCAACCCUUUCGAUCAUUGAUCUGGCUGGAAGUGAAAAGGCUUCAGUUAACAGAGGGCAGCGAAUGAAAGAAGGCGCCAACAUCAACAAAUCUCUCCUUGCAUUAAGUGGCUGUAUAUCCGCCCUAUGCCAGCGACCAGUACGAGGGGUUCGCGUCCAUGUUCCAUAUCGAGACAGCAAGCUCACCCGACUGCUCAAAUUUUCCCUUGGGGGUAACUGCCGCACAGUUAUGAUCAACUGUAUCUCUCCGAGCUCAAAGGAUAUAGAAGAAACGAACAACACCCUCCUCUGGGCUGACAAAGCAAAGAAGGUGUCGACCAAAGUAUCCCGCAAUACUGCAGGUGUAGAACUUCGUACAGCCCAAUGGUUGCAAAAGAUUGUGACUCUCGAAGAGACUAUCAAAACUUUGAGAUCACAACUUGAUAACAGCCAUAACGCCAAAUCAGGCUUGCAGCAGAAGCGACUGGAGAAGGCUAGAGCAGAGUCACGAGAGGAGUUAGGGAAAGUGGAGGCAGAGCUUGAUGCACUCUUACCGAUCAUCGUGGAAGGGUCGGAAAUGGAGGCUCUAUGGAGCGCUUCUGUACUGCAAGUGGAGGCGCUGGAGGCUCGCUUGCAAGACAUCACGGUGGAAGUAAAAGAUGGGAGAUCGGAAGAAGAUGCCAAGAAGGAAAAGGACCAUCUGCGCUCUCUCAUCUUACAGCAAGAUGAUGCGUUUAGGUUCAAUCACGAAAUUCAGGCUGGCAUCCAGAACAAAAGUCUCAAAUACAUCACCCUCACCAACUUGCUCAAAAAGGCAGAAGAGAAGAUGUUUGGGGAGGACAUUGAAGAAGCGUUAUAUCAACAUCAAUUGAAAGUAGCAGAACACAAAGCGCAUACCGCCAGGAGCGUGGCAGCAGCUAGGGAGCGAGGUCUCAGAGAUUACAUCUCCCAGCAAGCAGAGGCUCUAGCUAAAGCCGCAUCAGCUUUCUCCAGAUUCUCAAACCAGCUCCGAUCGGAGAUCAUUGCCGUCCAAUCCAUGCAGUCAGGCGACGAUCUAGCAUCUCUCAAAAGUAGAUUCCUUGCUCUGGGGAAUCAAGUCGACCAAAGUACAGCUGUACUGUUUGGGAAGAGCCAUUCGCUGCCUGCCGCCCCCUCUCAACAUCGCUUACCUGUGUCCCUGGCUGCUCCAUCACCUCGGCGAGUAUCCGUUGGCCGGCAUGCCCACUCCCCCAUGCGCCAAAACGCCUCCCCGAAGAGUGUUCUCCGAAAGAAUUUGUUUGCUGGAAUGUCGGUGCCUGAAAAAGCAAUCGAGGCCAAGCCUAGACAGAUUCGUUGGCCAGAUGAGACUGGAGAGGGCAAAAUCGACGAUCGGUCCAUCGCUCCUGACUGUCCAAUCUUCUCAAGUCCAGGAAGUGGUGGCGAAGAUAGCGUUUUGGAAGAAGAGACCAAUCCAGUCUCCAUGAUUCCUCCUUCUUUAAGGCCUGCUUCUUCCGCUACAUCAUGCGCUUCAAUGUCUCCAGCUCCUUCAACCUCAAAUACCAGCGCAAGUGAAGAGAUCCCGGCAUGGAAACAGAUGAGGAUGGCUCGGGGUUUAAUUCCGCAGUCGCAGUCUGGCGACAAUGUUGGGGGAAACCUAAGCUUUGACUCAAAAUCUCCCACUUCGGGCUCUAGCCGCGCUGGCCGUACUGGCUUCGUGGGUUCAUCAGCCAAGCCUGGUCGGCCCGGACCUUUGUCCGAGAUGUCCAUUCAAACUUCUGCUCAACCGAGUCCUCCUUCCUCUUCAUCCACUUCCAGCCUCUUGAAACCGACGGCAUCAUCGGCUGCUAAAGCCAAUAGCUCUUCUGCUUUCGCUAAUAUUAAAAUCGCUAUGCCUGCAUCAGCGACUGCCGGAACAAUGCUCCCUCCUCCGGUUCCGCCCCACAGACGAGACUCGAUGAUUGGUCCCGACAGACAUGGCAGGCCGAAGCAAAGGCUGAGUAUGAUCCCUGGUCACGCCGAAGCAUCUUUUUCUGGUGUGGGAAAGGGUUUACCGAGCGGUGGGUUGUCAACUUUAUCGGGUGGGGCGCGAAUAGUUAGCAACGAUAGCAAGAGGAGGAUGUCUGUGCAAGCUGGAUCAGUGGGUAGUACCUAUUCCCCUCCUGUUAGAGCACCUUCCAUUUCUUCUCGCCCUUCUCUGAGCAAUCUCCGUGGUGCGGCUUCUUGUGGAGAUACCUCGGUUUCGACGUCUCGCGGGCUGUCUACCCGGCCAUCAGUGAAUAGACUGAAUGUGGGAGAUGUCUCCGCCCUCGCUCCACUCCCGAGGCCCAGCCUGAGCACCAGAUAUUCAAUGACUAGGCUGAAUUCUGGUGUGACCACUGGCGAGGGUGGGGGUAAACCGGUAUGGAGAUGAGUGAUUUGCACCAGGAUGGUUGGCCGCCUUCCAUGGACUUUUUUUGAUCCGUCGGUUGUGAGCUGAGGAGUAUGUAUUGGCCUGUAAAAACUAUAUAACUGUACAACAUUUGUAAGCAUAUGCAU